AUGAGCGACAACGGUGAACGGGUCAUUAUACCUUAUCAAGAACAACUCUCGGACCCACUGGCCUUUGAUUUCGGUGUAUUCUUCAGUGACCUUCUGCAAGAAGAGAUCCAGGAAGAUGUUGAAGAGGCCGGGGGCAGAUGGAAAAGAAGGAGGAAGAUUUCGUUGAGGGGUAGCCGGAAAAGGAGCUGGACUAUAGCAUUGAGGUGCAGCAGAGGGAAGAGGAGAAGGAGCAGAAAGAUAAGGAGGGGCAGCGAGAAGCUAGAGAAGCAGGGAUACAAUAUUGAAGAGGGGCAGUGGGAAGAAGUGGGAAGCAUUGAAGAUCUGCAGAAGGAAGAGGUUGAGGAAGAGAAGCGGGAACAGGAGCAGGGAGAUGCUGAUGAACAAAAGAAAGAGAAGGUAGACUCGGAAUAUCAGCAGCAACUUAAGGUGGAUGUUUCUGUGGAGAAGAUGGAUGUCCAGGUGAACGUUGAGGAGCAGAAGGAAGAGUUGGAAGAAUUGGAGAAGGAAGAGGAGCAGAUGGAGGACGAUGAUGAAGAUGCAGGGCAGAAUGUAGAAGAGGAGUACCACCAGCAGGAGGAGGUAGAAGGGGAGUACCACCAGCAGGAGGAGGUAGAAGGGGAGUACCACCAGCAGGAGGAGGUAGGUAGAAGGGGAGUAUACCACCAGCAGGAGGAGGUAGAAGGGGAGUACCACCAGCAGGAGGUGGUAGAAGAGGAGAACCACCAGCAGGAGGAGGUAGCUAGAAGAGGAGUACCACUAGCAGGAGGAGGUAGAAAGGGACUACCACCAGCAGGAGGAGGUAGAAGGGGAGUACCACCAGCAGGAGGAGGUAGAAGAGGAGGACCACCAGAGGAGAUAGAAGAGGAGUACCACCAGCAGGAGGAGGUAGAAGGGGAGUACCACCAAAAGGAGGUGGUAGAAGAGGAGUACCACCAGCAGGAGGAGGUAGACGGGGAGUACCACCAGCAAGAGGAGGUAGAAGGAGAGUACCACCAGCAGCAGGAGGUAGAAGGAGAGUACCACCAGCAGGAGGAGGUAGAAGGGGAGUACCACCAGCAGGAGGAGGAGUACCACCAGCAGGAGGAGGUAGAAGGGGAGUACCACCAGCAGGAGGAGGUAGAAGAGGAGUACCACCAGCAGGAGGAGGUAGAAGAGGAGUACCACCAACAGGAGGAGGUAGAAGAGGAGGACCACCAGCAGGAUCGAGGAGGUAGAAGGGAAGUACCACCAACAGGAGGAGAUAGAAGAGGAGUACCACCAGCAGGAGGAGGUAGAAGGGGAGUACCACCAAAAGGAGGUGGUAGAAGAGGAGUACCACCAGCAGGAGGAGGUAGACGGGGAGUACCACCAGCAAGAGGAGGUAGAAGGAGAGUACCACCAGCAGCAGGAGGUAGAAGGAGAGUACCACCAGCAGGAGGAGGUAGAAGGGGAGAGUACCACCAACAGGAGGAGGUAGAAGAGGAGUACCACCAACAGGAGGAGGUAGAAGAGGAGUACCACCAGCAGGAGGAGGUAGAAGGGGAGUACCACCAGCAGGAGGAGGUAGAAGAGGAGUACCACCAGCAGGAGGAGGUAGAAGAGGAGGUAGAAGAGGAGGUAGAAGAGGAGUACCACCAGCAGGGGGAGGUAGAAGGGGAGUACCACCAGCAGCAGGAGGUAGAAGGAGAGUACCACCAGCAGGAGGAGGUAGAAGGGGAGUACCACCAGCAGCAGGAGGUAGAAGUGGAGUACCACCAGCAGGGGGAGGUAGAAGGGGAGUACCACCAGCAGCAGGAGGUAGAAGGAGAGUACCACCAGCAGGAGGAGGUAGAAGGGGAGUACCACCAGCAGGAGGAGGUAGAAGAGGAGUACCACCAACAGGCCGUAGAAGAGGAGGUAGAAGAGGAGUACCACCAGCAGGGGGAAGUAGAAGGGGAGUACCACCAGCAGCAGGAGGUAGAAGGAGAGUACCACCAGCAGGAGGAGGUAGAAGGGGAGUACCACCAACAGGAGGAGGUAGAAGAGGAGUACCACCAACAGGAGGAGGUAGAAGAGGAGGAGUACCACCAGCAGGAGGAGGUAGAAGAGGAGGUAGAAGAGGAGUACCACCAGCAGGAGGAGGUAGAAGAGGAGUACCACCAGCAGGAGGAGGUAGAAGAGGAGUACCACCGACAGGAGGAGUUAGAAGAGGAGUACCACCAGCAGGAGGAGGUAGAAGAGGAGUACCACCAGCAGGAGGAGGAGGAGGUAGAAGAGGAGUACCACCAGCAGGAGGAGGUAGAAGAGGAGUACCACCAACAGGAGGAGGUAGAAGAUGAGUACCACCAACAGGAGGAGGUAGAAGGGGAGUAUACCACCAGCAGGAGGAGGUAG